ACCUACGGUUACACUGUGAAAGCGGGCCUUGUUUAAAUGAACAGGUGUGGCGUCGUUUUUUGUUUCAGUUUUGCUUAACGGAAUCUUAGUUGAAAAAUGUUUACGCCGAGGCAGAAAGGAUUCGGAAAUGGCUUUAUCCCCUCGCCCCAAACACCUCUUAGUUUCAGCCGGGAACUGCGGCAAGUCCUGCAGGAGCGUAAUCUCCUAACCGCCAAGUCGCGCAGGAAAGUUUGCUCCAUGCUGGACAGCAACAACAGCAGUCCCAUUGGCUCACCCAAUCCAGAGUGCGGAAAACGAUUGGGUUUCCGGCGGCAGGCCAUCCAGGAGAUCAUCUCUUCGGAAAAGUCAUAUCUGGAUCAGUUGGAGUUGCUGAUGAACUUCUUUGUGCGCCCUUUGAAGGAACAGGCCAUCAUCGAUUGCAACAAUCACACGCUGCUCUUCGGGCAGAUCGAGAUGAUCCACAACUUGAAUGGGGAAUUCCUGCGGGAACUUGAGGCUAACAUGGAGAAUGUUGCACAUGCUUUUCUCAAGAUGGCUCCCUUCUUUAAGCUGUAUUCGGUGUACGCCUUCGACUAUCGCGGAGCCCUGUUCAUCAUCCAGGAUUUGAUCAGCAAGAAUCCGGUGUUCAGAAAGUUUCUAGAGCAGACCGAGAGUCGUCCGGAGGUGCAGCGUAAGCUUAACUCACUGAUGAUUGUGCCAAUCCAGCGGGUUCCAAGGUAUAAGCUACUCUUAGAGCAAGUACUACUCUACACAAGUCCUGCAGAUGCGGAUUACAAAUUAUUAAAGGAGUCCGUCAAGGAGAUCGAGGCCACAGCCUGUCACAUAAACACCUGUGUGGAGGAACAGGAAAUUACACAGUAUCUGAUCCACUUGCAGAAUUCUCUGGUUAAUCGGACUCCCAAUAUUGUGAAGCCAUCACGACGGGUCAUCAAAGAGGGCAUUCUUCAAAAGAUUACCCACAAGGGCACGGAAAUCAAGCGCUAUUGCGUGCUCAUGUCGGACAUAUUCAUGUACUGCAAGAUGGUCAAAGAACGGGCGCCCAAUACUGUUGUGGAAAACUCUCUGGAGUGCUGUUGUAUUUUCCCUUUGAAAAAGUGCAAAGUGUACGAAAUGCUACCGGGCAACUUUAAGCUUACUUGCCAGAAUGAUGGAAUCAUCUUUGGCAGCGGCGAUGUGCAGCUGUCGCGCACUUGGGUAGGCUUCAUCCGCGAUGCCAUAGAUCUGCACGUACAGUGCCGCAAAACUCUUCGAAAGGAUUCGAGUAAGAGGACGCCCAUACGCAAAAAGGACAUGAAAAAGUUCGGAACUGAUUAUGUACUGAGUCCCAACAAGCGCAAAUGCGAAUAUGAGACUGUUUUUCGCAACAAAAAUCGUAGCACUGAUUCCGAGGAGGAGACCGAUGAAAGUGCUUGCUUUCCGCGCAAGCGAAAGAUACCCAGUGGCGUUUUAAAAAUUCCGAAUUCAAAUCUAAUGGGGAAACGUGUUGCACCACCUCCACCACCUCUUCCCCCUAGCGCAGUGCAGAUGCGUCAUCAGGCAGGAAGACCAGGAGGUAUGGCCUGCAAGGAGAAUCGUAUAUCCAAAUUGUACAAAAAGAUUGCCACCGGUGACAAAGUGGCCAAUGUUCGGGGCAUCCUCAAACGCAGCAAUGUGCCGGUGCCCAACAAUGACCACGACCCUAGCUACGGGUUUGCAAGUCGCUACUCGGACUCCAAAUCCUAUUUUCGGGCUCAUAAUGUGGACAACACCAUUCCUACAUUUGUGAAGCGCGAGGAUUUGUUCAACGGGGAAAACAUGUUUCCCGUACAUCUAAAGAGCCACGAGGAAAUCUGUUCACCGCCGCAAAAGAAGCGAGUCAAGUUCGACGAUACAUUGGAUGCAGUGUCUCCGGUUCUCGACCAGAAACCCUUUGCAUUCUCAGACGACGGGGUUGCCGUACAAAAACCCGCUUCAUUACGUGAGCGAAUUUAUGAUUUCUUUGCAAAUCUAUUCUAGAAUUAGAUGACUUCAAACCUAAUCAUAUACAUUAUUCAUCGCUUACAACAUUAACAUCAAUAAAAUCAUUUACAAUUCUAAUCAUUUAGACUGACGUAA